GACGACAUCGGACGAAAAGCAUUCUUCCACCCCGAGAAAAGAAACCAAGUCAAUGCGAACAAGGGAAGGAAUAGCACACGAACACGUUGCUGGUUAUUCCCCACCCUUCUCCGCCCUCCAAUCAUCCUCCUCCGGCACAACUCCGGAUUGGCGCGACUCCUCUCGUCUGCGGGUUUGUUCUUGCCUUGCGGACCAUGGACGACAACGGGGACAUAGAUUUCACCAAUCCGGAGACGUACCUGUGCCCAGCCAUGGGCGGCGAUCCCCACGACAGUUGCUCCAUGUCAAUGGACAGCUACUUCGACGACAUCCUGAAAGACCCGGAGCACCUCGCAUGUACUCGGAUCCUGCUGGCGGAGUCGGAUGAUGUCGCCGAGACCUCUGAGUCGCCGCAAGAGGACGGACCCAAGAAGAAGCGCCCGCCCGGUAACCGGGCAGCCGUGAGGAGGUACCGUGAGAAGAAGAAGGCCCACACGACGCUGCUGGAGGAAGAGGUGGCUCGCCUCAAGGCUCUAAACAAGCAGCUCGUGAGGAGGCUUCAGAGUCAGUCGUCCCUCGAGGCUGAGGCCUCGAGGCUCCGCUGCCUGCUUGUCGACAUUAGAGGGAGGAUCGAAGGGGAGCUCGGUGCUUUCCCUUACCAACGGCCAGUGAAGAACAAGGAUUUGGCUGACCAGGGAAGUUCCCUAGGUAUAGGUGGUGCCCAGAAGGUUAGGCUCAGAUGCAACAAUCCGGUUUACUGCAGUCCAGAGAUGCCGGCCACGACAAUGGAUGACGAUGGUGUUAUCAGUGGCGAACUGUUGGGUCAAGGUGCAAAUGACAAGUGGCUCCCAGGUUUGCCAGAUGAUGUAAAGAGGUGAAGGCAGGUUAGUUCUAUUUAUCUUGUCUAUCAAGGUGCCGGUGAUAUCCUCAAAAAUACAAGAGCUUUUCUAGCAACAUCAAUUUGGGGCAAUAAACUGCUAGUUACUUUUGCC